CUGAGGCAGAGGCUGAGGCAGCGGCUGAGGCUGAGGUGGCUGAGGCUGAGGCGGCGGCGAGGGGGCUCCUGGCCGGGGCCGCGGGGCCAGCCGAGCCCGGCGCAGCGCCCAGAAGCCGGACCCCGGCAGCCGGCGGGCGCAGCGUGACCCGAGAUCGAAGUUUGCCAAGGUGGGCAUGGAGAACUCAAGGUGUGGCUAAAGGAGCACAUCAGCCCAGGACAUCACACUUGCUGCUUCAGUACCGCUGAGCUGCGCUCUCAUUUUGUCCUGAAGGAGUCUGGCCUCAGGAUUUAAGCCAAGAUAAAAACGAAACACAUUCAAGACAGAAGUGGUCUCCGCCAGUCAAGAAACCCUCAAAAGCAUUUUACCAUGGAUAUAGAAGAUGAAGAGAACAUGACGUCUUCCACAGGGCUGCGGGCAUGGGGCCACAGACACACCGACGAUUCCUCCCUUGGCAUUGUUCUCUGAUCCUGCAACGAAGGCGUUGUAAGUUACUCUUUCUGGGCACCACAGGUUCCAGCAGCACUGAUGUUAAGGAAAACCGCAAUCUGGACAACAUGCCCCCCAAGGACAGCAGCACACCUGGGCCUGGCGAGGGUAUCCCGCUCUCCAACGGGGGUGGUGGUAGCACCAGCAGGAAGCGGCCCCUGGAGGAGGGCAGCAAUGGCCACUCCAAGUACCGCCUGAAGAAGCGAAGGAAAACACCAGGGCCUGUUCUGCCCAAGAACGCCCUGAUGCAGCUGAACGAGAUCAAACCUGGCUUACAGUACAUGCUGCUAUCCCAGACAGGGCCCGUGCAUGCACCUCUGUUUGUCAUGUCUGUGGAGGUGAAUGGGCAGAUCUUUGAGGGCUCUGGUCCUACAAAGAAAAAGGCAAAACUCCAUGCUGCUGAGAAGGCCCUGAGGUCUUUUGUCCAGUUUCCUAAUGCCUCUGAGGCCCAUCUGGCCAUGGGAAGGACCCUGUCUGUGAACACUGACUUCACGUCUGACCAAGCCGACUUCCCUGACACACUCUUCAACGGCUUCGAGACUCCAGACAAGUCAGACCCACCCUUCUACGUAGGCUCCAAUGGAGAUGACUCCUUCAGCUCGAGUGGAGACGUUAGCCUGUCAGCCUCCCCAGUACCUGCCAGCCUCACCCAGCCUCCUCUGCCCAUCCCACCACCAUUCCCACCCCCAAGUGGGAAGAAUCCUGUGAUGAUCUUGAAUGAACUGCGCCCAGGGCUGAAGUAUGACUUCCUCUCUGAGAGCGGGGAGAGCCAUGCCAAGAGCUUUGUCAUGUCCGUGGUGGUAGAUGGCCAGUUCUUUGAGGGCUCAGGGAGAAACAAGAAGCUCGCCAAGGCCCGGGCUGCACAGUCUGCCUUGGCUACUGUCUUCAAUUUGCACUUGGACCAAACACCGUCUCGUCAGCCUGUUCUCAGUGAGGGUCUUCAGUUGCACUUGCCACAGGUAUUGGCAGAUGCUGUCUCACGCCUGGUCCUGGGUAAGUUCAGUGACCUGACAGACAACUUUUCCUCCCCCCACGCACGAAGGAAAGUGCUUUCUGGAGUAGUGAUGACCACAGGUACAGACGUCAAAGACGCCAAGGUGAUAAGUGUUUCAACAGGGACGAAAUGUAUCAACGGUGAAUACAUGAGUGACCGUGGCCUUGCACUAAACGACUGUCAUGCAGAGAUAAUCUCCCGAAGGUCCCUGCUCAGGUUUCUUUACGCACAGCUUGAGCUUUAUUUAAAUAACAAGGAAGACCAGAAAAAGUCCAUCUUUCAAAAGUCAGAACGGGGUGGGUUCCGGCUGAAGGAUACUGUACAGUUCCACCUGUACAUCAGCACCUCACCCUGUGGAGACGCCAGAAUAUUCUCUCCCCAUGAGCCAGUGCUAGAGGGUAUGACGCCAGAAACUCACCAGCUGACAGAACCAGCUGAUAGACAUCCGAAUCGCAAAGCAAGGGGACAGCUACGGACAAAAAUAGAAUCUGGUGAAGGGACAAUCCCUGUGCGCUCAAAUGCCAGUAUCCAAACCUGGGACGGGGUGCUCCAGGGGGAACGACUGCUCACCAUGUCCUGCAGCGACAAGAUAGCACGCUGGAACGUGGUGGGCAUCCAGGGGUCCCUGCUCAGCAUUUUUGUAGAGCCCAUCUACUUCUCCAGCAUCAUCUUGGGCAGCCUGUACCAUGGUGACCACCUCUCCAGGGCCAUGUACCAGCGGAUCUCCAACAUAGAGGACCUGCCGCCACUCUACACCCUCAACAAGCCCCUGCUCAGCGGCAUCAGCAAUGCAGAGGCACGGCAGCCAGGGAAGGCACCAAACUUCAGUGUCAACUGGACAGUGGGUGACUCUGCCAUAGAGGUCAUCAAUGCCACAACAGGGAAGGAUGAAUUAGGCCGCCCAUCCCGCCUGUGUAAGCACGCGUUGUACUGUCGCUGGAUGCGUGUACACGGCAAGGUUCCCCCCCACCUGCUGCGCACCAAGAUCACUAAGCCCACUACAUACCACGAGUCCAAGCUGGCAGCGAAGGAGUACCAGGCUGCCAAGGCACGUCUGUUCACUGCCUUCAUCAAGGCGGGGCUGGGCGCCUGGGUGGAGAAGCCCACAGAGCAGGACCAGUUCUCUCUCACUCCCUGAGCCAGGCGGGUGCCAAGCACAGAGUGCGAGGCUGCAGUGCCGAGUCGUCCCCCAGAGCCUUGCAUCUGAACUGGGACAGGUGUGCACCUUGGAGAGGGCAUGGGGAGUCUGGGGGAGCCACUGGACAUCAAGCACCAUCCCCAGCAGCUCUCACCCCAACAGGGCAGCAUGGGGACGUAGGGUGCGGGGCACCUCACAUGUGAAUGGGGAUCAGGUGCACAGUGGGGGUGCAUGAGGGGCACAGGGGCCCAUCGCCACCCUUGCCACACAUUUCCCCUCUUGAGCUACCCAGUGACCGCUUUAUAUCUCAGUUUACAUUAGACGUUGAGUUCUACUGAGUAGGGCUUCCUAAGGAUAGGAAAAUAGAAAUUACAUUGUGUGAGAUUCUUGAAUAAAUAAUUUAUUCAGAGCUAGGAAUGAGAUUUAUAAAAUAAGAAGUAAUUAUGUCAGGUCACUUUUAUGCCACAUUAUUUUAAUUGCAAAAGGAAAAAAACGUUGUGUGUGGAAGAGCGCGAGAGAUAGAGGUGGGAAGAGAACCCCACACGCCCAUCUACGCGUGGCCGCUCCUCUCCAUAGGUCCUUCACAGCUAGGUCCUCACAGUAGGUUUUAACAGCUCUCCUGGGGUGACCCAGCAUGAUACAGUGUGACCCUGGCAUACACCAGCCCUGCAGCAGGGAUGCUGUGUCCUGCAGAGUCAUGACCUAGGACCUGCUGCCUUGCCUGCCUCUAGAAACAUCCAUGCCCCUGGUUAGGCUCAGAUCAUGGAGAACUCGACUUGCUUCUAAAUAACUGAAGAUCAAAUGUGUCCAUAGCCUGUGUUGGCUGGUCAUCAUUUGGGGUUUUAACCAUGUAGGUCUUGUGGCCUAGAAGAGUAAAAUAUGGCUGCUAUGCACACAGAGCACACAGCCUUCCCUCUGCUCCUUCUUUGGGAUCUGGUAGGUUGGAACCACUGACUACUCAGAAAGCUUCACGGGAUGGAAAGAGUUAUUUAACCAGGUACCAUUCUUGGAGCAUGCCAGGUAAGGCAUAUUAUUAAGUUAUUCCUUCCAGCUUUAUCAGACACACGUUUGAAAAAUAAAACAUUCAGGUUGAAGCUGGUGAGACAGUAUGAGGCCAGAAUGCUGCAGACCAGACAUUGGUGUCACGACAGGCAGGCCUGGGUGCUAUCAGCUUCUUGUGGCUGAGCCCCAAGAUGCUUCUCAGCACCCUUUAGGCACAGGGUGGCCCCCAGGGCCCUGGAGUGGACCACCUGGACCUCCUGUGCUCAGACUUGCCCCAGGUGCCUUGUUGUUUCCACUCAGGAUUAGGGAGGAGGAGGGGGAGGAGGGGGCUGUGGCUGUCAAUUCAAUGUGCCAGCCUGGUCCAGCAGGUUGCUCCGAAGAGCCUCAGGGCCAUGAGCAGAGAAGGUGCGGAUUCAUCCCACAGCACACAUCCACUACAGCUGAAUCUAGAGCACUGGCAGCUGUAUGGCUCUGCGCUGUUCAACCAGGUGUUUGUGUCCUUGACACGCUGAGGAAAACCAGAACAAAAGCGUAGCCACUGUCAGUUCCACCAGAUUCCCAGCAGACCUCAAGAGGCUGUGUGUUGUUGCUUACAUGAGAUCUACUCGUGUCCCCAUCUCGGGAGCCCUGUCUGUGUCUCUCAUCCUGUGGGGCUUGACCCUCAUGGCAUGAAGGUCCUACCAGAACUCCCUAGUGACAUGUGUUACCACAGACAUCUCCAACUCACCCCCUGCCCUCCUGACAAGGGUGAGCUCUCCCAGUCAGGAACACAGAGCCCUGUGUGCCAUGGCAGGGCCUUGAUGGGUAAAGUGCACUGGGGUUCCUUAGUUUAGGUCUCAUAUUGUCAUAUUAUCACCACCUUCCCCACAGGCUCCUGCACUUUCCAAAAGGAAAAACACCAUGUCGGUGUGUUCUUACUCUUAUUUUAAAUUGUAUGUUUCCUAGUGGAGAUGGGGAGAUGGGCUUAGUUGAGUUUUCCUGUUUGUUUUUAAGUACAUUUUGGUUAUAAAGUAUAACAAAAGUAUAUCCCAUAUAUACUAAAAACCGUGCAUUACAUCUGGCUUUCCAUGUCACAUAACAAAGGUGCCCAACCAGGAAGCCAAUGUUACAACCUAUAGAAUGCCUAAAAUCACAGGGGCCUGUCCUAUGUAGACUGGCCCUAGCCCCUGGAAGGAGGGAGGAAGACAGCCUGGAGGGCACCCUGUGGUGAGGAGGCAUCAUGGCACAUGUGUCACCUUCUCCUGCUCCCAGGAUAUGGCAGCUCAAACAGCCCUUCUGUGACCAGAGAGAAAGGAAACAGAAAUGUUAACUCAAGACACUAAGCUCUUAGAACCCCUUCCUGAAGGUUACCGUGGGUGACACCAUGAUGGUUGUUCAUGUCCAGGACCUAGAUAUCACACACUCAACAGAAAGCUUGAUACACCAAGAUGGAAAUGUGUUGGACACUUCAGCAGGUAUGAAGGUCAGGAGGUUCUCUGUGCUGUGAACUUUGCUAAACCUGAAGUAUUAAUUUCACAAAGCAGUGUCCCUCAGGACUGUUCAGGCCCAACUCUGACAGUAGCUAGGACACACUAGGAGGUCAUUAUCACGAAGGAGUCUCAGGUAGGAUAACAUGUUUGUGUAGAGCUGGGGCUCUCCACUGAGAUCUAGGCAGGGUGGGUGUGGUGUCCGUAACAUUUACCCUGAUCCAUUAAUCGUAUCAGGAGGAAGCACCUCCCCAGUGAGGGAUACCAAAGAACUACAACUCUGAAUCUGAGUCUUUGACCAUUCUUCCUAUUUUGAUGUGUUUUUUUAAAUAAUUAAGAAUAAGUGUACAAGCCACCAUCUCAUAAGGCAUUGCUCUCUGUUUAUUUUAUCCCCAGCUCAUCUUACCUCCAGGCUGUAGUUGCUGCUUGUUUUUUAAACCUAUGUCUCCCCUUUAGUUUCAGACAGGUGCACCAAGGAUGGGCAGCCACCAGAGGGUCAGGAAUGGGGGGUGAGCUGCCUAUCACCCCGUGCUAAGAGUAAAUACACACAAUGCAGGAGCAGCUAGUCACUUCCAAAAUACUUUACUCCAGAAAUGUCAGCUCUGUCCAGUCAUAACUUUGAUCCAGAAAGAGGAAGAAAAUGAGCCAAAAUUCACAUCUGUAAGUUCUCAAAAUUAGGGAACCUCUCCAAAGAUUCCUUCAUAUUGUCAGCCCCAGACUACAUCAUGGGAAGGGCAGAGUGUAUGUGUUCAGUGUGUACAGCUUGUAUGUGUCCUUGUCUCUUGGCAUAUCUAUCAUGUGACAGUCUCCCCAAAGCUGAAGAGGUGGUUACACCCGAUCUGCAGCUUUGAACUGCUCCAUACUGGGGCUACUGAGUUCAUGUGACAUUAGGGAAUGGGGAUUGGGAAGCCUCUGACCUGCCAGGGACCAUGAACAAAUUAGUCACAUAGGUCUGGCCCAUCAUGACUGGCUCCUCAAUGCACUUUUCCAGUUCCUGGGGAAAUUUUCCUGUCUCUGUGGUAGUGCCUGUACUUUGUGUUUGGUGUUUGAAUGACAAGUGCCCAGCCUCAGAAGCACUAAUUGUAGCCACAGCAGGAGCUGAUGGUACAUAAGGAACUGAUGGGCCAUUCUUCUGAAUGGAACACAGUAGGUUAAAAAGCACAGUUUGUGGAAUGUUAAUGGAAUAAGCCCCUAAAAGCUGUUUGCUUUUCUAGGCUUUGAGUUAUAUACUUCUCAUUUGAUUUUAGAAUUUGGACACUUUUACAUGAAUGUAAUUCAGCCAAGAAACAUGUUGCUAAGAUACAAUCCUCAGUGUUCUCUGUAUGUAUAUUUCUGUAUAUAUCACAUGUUACAGCCUGCAUGAGCUUCCUCUCACACUGAGCCCAGCCGGAACUGAGCAUGAGAUGUUGUCACAUGUAGACAAAGGACUGAGAUGUUCUCAAUAAAGACUAAGACGUUUCACUACGA